UCUGCACACAAGUGGCUACGCCUCCGCUGCUGCAAAAAUGCGAACUCUAUACCUUUUCACCGUACUGACUGCCUUUGUCACCGUUCUAAUGUGUCAAUCACAAGCCGAUAUGGAGAAAUUACACAAGCUCUGCAUGAAUGAGACGAAUCUAACAGAAGCGGAGAUCAAACAAUUUUUUGGGAAUGGCAUGAAAGCCAGCGAUGCCAAGGAUAAUAUGAAAUGUCAUACGAAAUGUUUGAUGGAGAAGCAAGGCAUCAUCAAGGAUGGCGUUUACGUGCCUAGUGUAGCGAUCAAGCAACUCAUGCUAUUUCCCGCAUUAAAGGGGCAUGAAACGGAAGUUACGCAGGCAGUGAAUAAUUGCAAAUAUGAAAAAGGUGCCAACGAAUGUGAUACAGCUUUUAAGAUUACUAUGUGCAUUAAGGAGUUUAAAUCUCAUGCCCCAUGAAAACUGACCUUUCAGAGAAAGAUUUGCUAAUUUUUUAUGUGCUUGAAAUUAACAGCUUCAAGUAACUUGGAUACAAAUAAUAUUUUUGGUAUGAGGGGUAUUUAUA